CUAAGAAUUAAGAAAAAGUGCACUUUUUUUUUUCUACAUUCAUAUAGAGGCAACCAAACAGAGAGUUCUGAGCUGAAGUUGCAAUUCUUAAUGUAUGGUACUGGUACAGGGUACAGAGGGUUUGGCGGACCCUAUUCGGUUUCUGUUCAAUUUGGGACUUGGAGAGGACAAAGACAACGACGAGGAGGAAGAGGCUGAGGCUGCAUCCAAAGAUGAAUGGCAAAAGAAGGAAUCAGAAAAUCAGUUGGGUGGGUGGGAAGGGAGAUGGCAAGAGCAGUACGAUCGGGACAACAAUGAGCAAGCUUCCUCUUUUCGGAGGGAGCAUGAUGAAGCGGUGGGUGUUGCCGGCAGGGAUUCUGAGCCAAAAGAGGAGGAGAGGGGAAUGGCUCUGAUGAGCUGGGAAAGGAUGCCUGCUGCUGAGGAAGGGUGGGCAGGAAAGGCAGAAGAAGAAACGGCUAUGGUGGAUGACGUGGAGGCUGUGCCAGUCUCUCAAAGCGGUGUGGAAGUUGAUAAUGUGGCUAGCAGACUUGCUGUGCUGGAUAAUCCUGCGCAACGUAUGGAAAAUCUGACAUCGAUGUUACCAACCAGUGAAGGUCACGAUCCAAUGGUGUCAAUGAGUGUGCCCAGCGAACACCUACUACCUGAGGAGGGUUCUGUGGAGCAAAGGGGUCCUGUUGAAAACCAAGGCCUAUUGAUCGCAUCGCCUUCCAGAGGUCAGAGAGACAGAGCAGAUGAGAGUGAAUCUGGUCCCAGUGAAGGUGGUUUGGCCGGGCAGAGCUACCGGAGUGGCGAGGAGAAUGUCACAGCUUCACCUCCACCAGUUGACACUACAAAAGCUCAGAUUACUGCCAACAUCACGCAAGAAGAAAGGAGUGCAGAAGAGGGGCAACAAGCUGCUGCAGAGCUGGGUCCAGAUCGGGUUCAGCUGAGUGCUGCUGCUACUGGAAAAGAGAAAGUGCUGGGAAUGCAGUUGGACUCAGCCAAACAGGACACCCGGAGUGGUAGUAGUGAGAAAAGCGAUGCCAGACCUGUUGGAAAGGUGCCAGCAGAAGAUGAGGUGGAGAAGUGGCGAAGAGAAUGCGAGAUGUUGAAAAAGUUGCUUGUGAAAGCGGCUGAGGACAGAGGGCAGCUGGCAGUCCAGUUAGCAAGCGUGGAGGACAAGCUAGAGCACCGAGGUGCCAUGGUUACUAAGUUGGAAUUGGAGCUGCAGUUAGCGUCGUCAACAGCACAGAAACAGAGAGAGGUACUCGAGCAGAAGGUGAAGGCUAUGGCAAGCACUCUGGAAAAGCGGAUGGAGGGAUUGACAGAGGAGAUUUCUGUAAGCGCUCUCGCACUCACUGGCGAGCUGGAAGGAGCAGGCAGCGAUAGCCGAGCUGCGCUGCUGUAUGCUGGAUGGAGCGCAUGGUGGUCCUUGGGUGCACGUGGCAUCUGUGAGUGGGGGAUCGAGGUUACCACGUCAGCAGGCUACGUCAACAGGACACGUCAGCAGGACACGCCAGCAUUGCCACGUCAGCAGCAAGGGAUACCACAUCAGCAGGCACCGGUCUGGUCUAUGCUGUUGCAUUCACAGACAGCAGUCAUGGACCAGAAGGCCGGGAAAACAGACGAGGCCUAUCAGGCCCGCAUGUUAGCCUGUAGUACCGAGACAAAGAAGUGGGCAGAUGACGCUGCCGCAGCAGCCAAGAAAAGGGCAGAGGAUGUCGAGCAGGCACGUCUGCUGGCUGUGCAACAACAGCGCCAGCACGACGAGGCAGCAACAAGGGCUGCCGACAAAGAAAGGACACAGCGUCGUGAGAAGAUAUUCACCGGAGAGCGGGCAUUACUUACCAUGGCAGCAGAAUGGCGAAGCGAGGCCGAGAACAGCCAGUUGGAGGACAACGCAAACAAGAUAGCACUCCUCCUCUCGCAUCUCACGGAUCUCCUGGCAACCUGCAUUACACAACAGGCGGAGAUCCUUGGUCUCGACAACUCGGUAGCUCAGCUCCAAGACCGCCUUCAGCGGGUGGAGCAGCGACCAGUCGCCGCCGACGCAGGCUCUUCCAAUACUGCCGACCGCCUCACCGCAUUGGAGAUGCACGUCGGCUCCCUCCAAGAUGGUGCACAACAGACCGCGACGCAACAAUUGCAGCAGCAGAUCUGCACUAUCGCCACCACCUUGAGUCCGGAGCCGCGCGAGACAACUCCUAAGUUCGAUGGGCGGGAGAUCUUCCACGACUCAAUCAAGACAGAUCCAAUUCCAUGGUUUCGCAAGUUCGAGCUCACGCUGCAGCUCCACAACAUCAAGGAACACAAGCACUACGCCUACUUGUACUCUCGCUCAGGCGGCGCGUGUCAGGCUUGGUUGGACAACCUGUUGUCCAAGUACGGAGUGGUAGCUGACGACUUGCACACCAAGAUCACUUGGGAUGAUCGGAAGGCGGCGUGGCACAAGCGGUUCCAGGUGGAGCCGCCAGAGAUCAAAGCCAUGGACAAGCUCAUGGUCUUUGAGCAAGGCACGCUGCCAAACGCAGGUUUGCCCAUUGAAAGGCAAGGGHMRACAGGGAAACUGAGCACCGCMGAGAGUGACGCGACGACACUCUCGACGCCUUCGGAACUGGUUUCUUCGCGAGURACCAGCCUUCAUUCCGAGGCGCAYGCGGAAGUCGACAGUCCUCCGCUUCUACUUUCUUUUGAGGACUAUGUUGCCCGACUCGUUCCAACGUUGGGUACUCAAGCUCAAGGACAAGGAGUGUGUGCGGUUUCUUCUCCGUCCGGCAACAACGACAUAUCGUCUUCAAGUGGUUCGUCACGGGAUUCGGCGCGCGAGUUCAAGAUAGAGGUUUUGGACCCGCUCAUGUCUGAGGACUUUGCAUGGCUUCCUCUCCCAACCACAGGCUGUUUGCCGGGACCGCAAUGCGCAACACUUAGUGCUCAUCUCCACACUUACCUUUCCUUCUAUACACCACCAACUUUGCCGACGGAUAACGAAGUCGCGGUGGGGGACAUCCUGGCGUACGUUACCAAGGUGGCCCGCGAGUUUCGCACGCAGCGGUACGAUAACAACAAUGCACCGCUCAUGUAUGUUCGCAUCCAGGUUGGGCAAGCGUCCUGCAGCGCUUUGCUGGAUAGCGRCGCGACUCGCAACUUCAUGAGCCAGUCUUUUAUGCAAAGAGCUGGCCUUGGCGCACAAGUUCGGAGAAAGGCAAACCCGACGGCGAUCAAGUUGGUGGAUGGAAAGACGCAGCAACUACUCGACCGUUACAUCGAGGCCGUACCGGUCUACUUCGCACCUCAUGCAUGCGAACCGGUGACAUUCGAUAUUCUCGACAGGGACUUCGACAUCAUUCUGGGAAUGCCUUGGCUUGCAAGUGCGGAUCACACGGUCAAUUUCCAUCGGCGGACUCUUAGCGUUCGCGACGCCUUCAGCGCGGAAGUGGCGUGUACGAUUCCUCUACCGCACUCUUCGAUCCGGUGCCAAGUGGUGACGGCCAAAUCAUUCCGGGUGACUUGUGCUUACGAGCAGCCCGAGGAGAUCGACAUAUGUUUCCUACGGACCGUUGCGGUAGCCGACUCUUCACCCACGGACUUGUCUUCGGACCCCCGUGUGGUACGGUUGCUGGACGAGUUCGCCGACAUCUUCGAGUCACCUACCGGUGUGGUGCCGGUUCGGCCGAUCUCUCACGAGAUCAUUCUUGAGGCCGGUGCCGUGCCGCCGAAAGGUUGCAUCUAUCGAAUGAGCAAGGAGGAGCUUGAGGUACUCCGCGCACAACUUGAUGAUUUGUUGGCCAAGGACUGGAUCCGCCCGAGUAGCUCCCCAUAUGGAGCACCAGUUCUCUUCGUCAGGAAGAAGAACAAGGAUCUACAAUUGUGUAUCGACUACCGCAAGCUCAACGCGCAAACCGUCAAGAAUGCGGGGCCUCUUCCUCGCAUCGACGAUCUUCUUGAGCGACUGGGCGGCACGCAGUAUUUUUCCAAGUUGGAUUUGAAAUCGGGAUAUCAUCAAAUCUCGAUCCAGCCGAACGAUCGCUACAAGACCGCGUUCAAGACGCGGUACGGGCAUUUUGAGUGGGUGGUCAUACCUUUUGGCCUCACCAACGCCUCGGCGACGUUCCAGGCGGCGAUGACCAAUGAGUUCCGUGCAAUGUUGGACCGGUUCGUGCUGGCCUACUUAGACGAUAUUCUCGUCUACAAGCGGACAUUGGAGGAUCAUUUUGGACAUCUUCGACGAGUGUUGGAGACGCUCCGUCGUGCCAAGUACAAGGCCAACCACGACAAGUGCGAAUUUGUCCGGCAAGAUCUGGAAUACUUGAGCCAUUUUGUUACAGCGGAGGGCAACAGUCCGCCAUCGGACAAGAUUCAGGCCGUCCAAGAGUGGUCGGAGCCUCGGAACGUCACGGAUGUCCGCUCGUUUCUCGGUUUUACCGGCUACUAUCAGCGCUUUAUCAAAGGCUACUCCAAGAUCGCGGGCCACUUGAACAAGUUUCAGUGCGAGGAUCGGCCGUUUGACUUCGGAGAGGAGGCGCGAGGAUCAUUCUUUGCUCUCAAAGCCGCGCUAUUGUCUGCGGAGGUCUUGCGGAUAUACGACCCGCUCGCGCCUACACGUGUCACUACGGAUGCGUCAGGCUAUGGCAUUGGUGCAGUCCUCGAGCAACAUGAUGGUGUGGACUGGCACCUGGUCGAAUACUUCAGCAAGAAAGUGCCUCUUGUGCAUUCCAUUGACGAUGCACGCAAGAAGGAGCUCCUCGCCUUCGUCCAUGCGCUCAAGCGGUGGCGGCACUUCCUCCUUGGUCGAAGCCAAUUUCGAUGGGUAACGGACAACAAUCUGUUGGUCUUCUACAAGACCCAAGACAUCGUCAACAGCACCAUCGCUCGAUGGAUGGCUUUCAUUGACCAGUUGACUUCUUUCCCAAUCACAUUCCCGGGAAGUCGAACCGUUUUGCGGAUGCUCUCUCACGGCGUCCGGAUCAUUGUACCGCAGUCUACUCGACCUUCGAGAUUGACGGCGACCUGCGGAACAGCUUCAUCCGCAGCUACCAAGCCGACCCCGAUUUUCGCGACAACUGGGAAAAUGUCGGAUCAGGGGAAUGAGCAGCAGCCACAUGUCGAGGUUGUGGUGAAGGCAGAAGGUGAACAGCCUUCUUCCUCCACUACUCGGACUACUCCCCCUCCACCUUUGACUGCUACUCAGCGGCUGAAGGAGGCAGAAGAACAGCUCAGACUGCAACAGGCCAGAGUGGCUGAAUUGGAACGGUUGGAGGCUGCUGAGCUAGAGGCUGCAACAAAUCACUCCAGAAGGGAGUAUCUGUUGCAGCAGCUAGACAAGUCUCUUGCUGAUGAUCGAUGCUCCCAGGUCACCAAGCACAUGGCUGAGAUGAUCCUGCUGGAGCACAAGAUCACCAGCUCCCAGUUCACAAACUGGGAUGAUCGUUUUGUGCGGCUGGAGCGUCGGGUUGACGAGCUGUCAGCUCAACAGUCCAAGAUCCUGGACUCUAUCCAGGCCUUGUCUGCUCAGCUGGCAACCGCCAAGCUGAUUACUCCUCAGCUCCCUCUGCUGAAACCCAAAACCUCUCCUCCUCCUUCACCACCUCCUUCCCCUCCUACAUCUCAUGGGGGAUCUGUACAUUCUUUCCGGUCAUCUAUUCCUUCCCAAAAGGCCUCAGCAAAGGCCACCUAUGCUGCUGUGACUGCAGCAGACAGAGGUCCCAAGAUCCCUGCUCCCAACAAGUUCAGGGGCGAUGACCCCAAGACUGAUGUUGGGGACUGGGCUGCUGGGACCAGAGCCUACUUGAGGGGCUUUGUCUAUGCUCCCCCUGUUUCCUGUCCUCCUGAGAUACAGCAGGUGGUAGAUCAGCAUGCUGAUCUGAUGCAGGAGCCCUUUGGACUUCCCAACCGGCCAACCAAGCAUCACAUCGAGCUGCUGCCUGGAGCGGUCCUUCCUAAGGGUCGCGUCUACAGGAUGUCCCCUGCUGAGCUUGAGGAGCUCAGAAAGCAGCUUGAGACCCUGACCAGCAAAGGCUGGAUCAGACCCAGCACAUCUGAAUUCGGUGCACCUAUUCUCUUUGUGGCCGAAGGGAACGGCGAGUUCAGGAUGUGCAUUGACUACAGGGGUCUCAACAAGAUCACUAGGAAGAGUACUGAGCCACUUCCUAGGAUCGAUGACCUCCUGGAUAUGGUGCAGGGUUGCACUGUGUUCAACAAAGUCGACCUCAAGUCUGGCUACCACCAGAUUGAGAUGGCAGAGGAGGAUGUCUACAAGACAGCCUUCAAGACCAGGUAUGGGACUUACGAGUUCCUGGUCAUGCCAUUUGGACUUUGCAAUGCCCCAGGCACCUUCCAGAUUGAGAUGCACCGCAUCUUCAGGCCUUACCUAGACAAGUUUAUGGUUAUCUACUUGGAUGAUAUCCUGGUAUUCAGCAAAACUGCCAGGGAACAUGCGGAGCAUUUGGCUCUUGUCCUUCAGUCAUUACGUGAUAGCCAGUAUAAGAUCAACAGAGAGAAGUCAUCCUUUGGAGUUCCCUCUGUCAUCUAUCUGGGUCAUGUAAUCUCUGGAGAUGGCCUGGCUCCUGAAGCAGCCAAGAUUGCUGCUAUUCAGGAGUGGCCUCAGCCCCAGACAGUGAGGGAUGUCCGGUCCUUCAUGGUUCUUCAGCAAGAUGAUGGGAAUGGUCUACGACCUGUAGAGUUUAUGAGUAAGAAGAUCAAGACUCAAAAGCUCCAGGACUCUACCUACGAGAAAGAGCUUUAUGCUCUUGUCUGUGCCCUGAAACAUUGGAAGCACUUUCUCCUGGGCAGGCACUUCAAGAUCUUUUCAGAUCACUCCAUCCUACAGUGGAUGAAGUCCCAGGGAGAGUUGAACGAUAAACUGGCACGGUACUUUCAGUUCAUAGACAUGUUUGACUUUGAACUGAAACAUAAGAAGGGUUGCUACAACAAGGUAGCAUAUGCCCUCUCUCGUAGGCCUGAUUCUUUUGCUCUGGUCUCCUCUACUCACUCCUUUGGAGAGGAGACCCGUCAGACCAUUGCUCGUCUACUGCCUCAGGACGAGACUUUAGGACCCAUUGUCAGGAAUCUGCAAGCAGAUCCUAACUCUGAAUCAGGCUAUGCUCUGAGUUCAGACCUGCUGUACACCUACAGCAGAGAUCAACAGGAUUGGGAUCUUCACCUAGCGAGGGCACAACUCAUGUAUAACAUGUUUGUCCACUCCUCGACAGGGUUCAGUCCCUACCGGUUACAUUGGGGACGUGAACCGCGCCAGCCUCUCGAUGAUAUCAUCGACAAUGCUAAGCCUGAUCUGACGCCAGGCACCGCAGAGUUCGCCAGACGCUAUCGUCUGGAUGUGGAAAGAGCCCGCGCGAACUUGUUCAAGGCCCAAAAGGCCAUGAUUGAACAAGCCAAUCGCCACGGGCGACCUUCCCCCAUCCGUACUGGUGAUCAUGUCUGGGUGGCCAGUUCUGAGCUGUCGAGGGAGGAGGAUAUCUCCCCGAAGCUGCUGCCACGCUACUUGGGUCCGUGGCAGAACAGGGAUGGAGAAAUCGCGUACUUAAGACAGGAGAACGAAGAGAUGGGGAGAGCGUACAAGUCCUUGCGGACAAUGCUGGAAGAGAGUGUCUCUGAACGAGAGAAAUUGGCAGAGGAGUUGAAUGAACAGCAACGACUCUCACAGGAUGCGAAAGACGUCCAAGCAAGGCUUGAAUUGGAGGUGGAAAGUGCAAGGAGGGAGGCUGCUGACAGCGGAGUUGAACUUGCGGAUCUGAAGGCUGAGCUCUGGGCAGUUCGGGAAGCUGCAAAGGGUAGGGCACUUGGGGAGGAUGAGCGGCAAAGCUUGGAACAGGCCCUUAAGGCAGUUUCAGCAUCAGCAUCAACAGCAGCUGGCGAGGCUGCCUCAUGGCAGUCAAAAGCACAAACGCUGGAGAAGGAGCUCCAGUUGCAGGCCAAGGUUCUGGCAGGUACACAAGCUGAAUUGGCACUUGUGAGGCAGCAAGUUCUCAAUGCAGAGGCAGCAAAAGAGGAGGCACAAAAGUUGAAAGAUGCGGCUGAGGGGGCAACGGAGCGCCUGCAGGAGGAGAGUGAGAUCCGGACACGCAGGUUUAAUGCAGCGGUCAAGACUGCCGUCAGCAAAAUCCAAGCUCGCAUUUCCAGGUCAAAAGCACUGGUGGUGUACUGUUUGCGGGUGCAGAGACCUCCCAAGGAAUCUUUUCCGGGUGGAUGGUGGAACGAGUUAACGCACCGCUUCCCGUGGAUAGGAGAGUGUGCCUGGCUUGCGAAACCCACACAAGCAUUAAUGACUUGCGUUAACCCAGGGGUCAUGGACGUGAUAAAAAGUGCAUGGGAUACCGGACGCUUCCCCCAUUUCUUUGAAAUGCUCUGUUUUAGUGACCUCGCUGUUCUCGCGGGAGCAUGGGAUCGGAGUAGGAAUGAGUUCGACGACGAACUAAGGGUCUUGUGGGAAAAGCUUGAGUUGAGAAAACAAGAGUAUGCUAGGGAAUGCAGGGAACUAGGGGGAAGAUCUGCCAGGGUUGAGCAGAUCCUCAUGAGGAUCUGGGGUGUGGAUGACUCGCACUUGGAUGGACGGGUACCCGAACCACGGAUGGGCGGUUCACCUGCCACGAGGGCAAACCAAGUAGCAAAAUGCGAUGAUCUCGCGAUUGAGGCGGAGGAGAAGGAAGAGAUGGAACGGGCAAUCGCCGCCAUUACGGCCGCUAUCAAAGAUUCCCCCCUCACAACCAGCCGGACGAUUGCUAAUGAUCGGGACCAGUACACGGCGUUCGCUCCCUUAGCAUCCACGUAUUGGGUGGAGCAUACAUCCACGGGAUUCCGGCAUGCGAUUUGGAAGAUGGAGACCUUUAACCAUAUCGCACCGAUCUCCAUCAGAGCACUCCAGUUCCUGGGGAAUGUCACAUAUGCGCAGGUAAAGGAGUGUAGGGCACAAGUACUGAAGGGAAAGCUGAAGUUCUCCGGGAGAGUCCCCCGGCUAGACCCUCAGGACCUUAAAUUCCCACCCAUGCGCUCAUUAGAUCCGGAUAAAUGUGGGGAAACAAGCUUGGGGAUGUGGCAGAAAGCUAUUAAACGGCAGGACAGGCUAGACCUUAGGAACUUAAGGAAGAUAUGGAGCGGUGAUGGAACCACUUUCCAUCAGGAAGCUGACAACCCACUGCUCCAAGGCAUCAUCAACUCUGGGCUAAAUCAUAUCCCAUGCAUGGCCCUAGACGUGGACGAGGCGGAGAACGAGGUGGACGGAUUCCUGGACAGGCUCAUGGCGAUGGUAAUGGAACUACGGGGACUCGCGACGUCCACCCAGUCUUUUCUACUGAGGAUAAUUUUGAAGAAGGCGAGGGCGAGGAUGACCAAAUACCAGGAGCAGCACAAACACGUAACCGCAGAGCCAUUGGAACAUCCAACUGUUAAGAGGGAGCUAGAGUUCCUCACCAGCCGCUUCCUCAUCUGUCCGACGGAUAAGGCCGCGAAUACUCCAGCCUUCGUAUGUAAGGACUUCAUACGAAAGCUCGUGUUUCAGAGGUUGUCUGGCCUUGAGUUCGCCAGUAUCGCCGCCUCCCCUGCAUUGGUCAUCGCGCGAAUACAAGGCGAACUUUCAGCUAUGCCCGCGCUUCCGAUUGCACCAGCGUCUCUCCCCUACGUGAUGACGGUGUACAAAGCGCACAAAGGCACGUUCCGCUGGAUUACGAACAUGGCCAAUACGGUUGUCUCCCUGGCAGUGGACCUGUGCGCUUGUCUUCUUCGGUUUCUUCUCCCCCUGGUGCAAACAUUCUGUCAGGAGAGGAGCUUGGAGGUGGAGGAGCAGUAUGGAGUGAACCUGGACCUGUCGUGGUCAGUAGCCUCAGUAGGGGAGUUCUGUGCCAACCUACCUAAGAGGGUCUAUUCCAUCUUCACGGCGGAUGUCACGAGAUGCUUUGAGACCAUUCCCACUGACAACUCAGAGGAUAGUCUACCAGCGGCGGUGAGGUUCUAUGUGCAGAGUGCGAUGCAGGUGCGAAGGAAGAGGAGCGCAAGCCAUGCAAUCCAAAUCAAGGUGGGUGCGGGUGGCAAGUUGUGGCCAUCAUGGACGGAUGGCGAUCAAGCAGGAGAAAUGGGUACUAUGCUGUUCAGAGAAGAGGAUGUCUGCUGGCUUACGGAGUGGUGCAUCGCCAACAGCGUGCUGCGCAUGGGGGACUAUGUAUGGAGACAAGUCAGGGGCAUCCCUAUGGGCUUGGCCUGCUCCCCGAUCUGGUGCGAUAUCUAUUUCUUUAAAUAUGAGUAUCGCGCCAUGAUGAGGCUAGCGGAUACCGGGAAUGCGCAUCUGAUUCCCUACUUCUCGGACACCUUCAGGUACAUCGAUGACCUGGGCGCCAUUAACAACACUAUCAUCAAGAACUUCAUGUGGAAGAAAGAGGACAGGGAGGUGAACGACCCAUGCUGGAUCUAUCCGGACGAGUACAUAGAGAUCAAGGAGAACACCGAGGUUACUGAGGAUGGGUGCGGACGGAGGGCCAAUUUCCUCAGCAUGACCAUUACGAUCACGUCCCCAGUAACGGGGGCAUAUGUCACCUCCAGGCAUGACAUGCGCGCAGGGUUGGGUGAGGUGUAUGGCGGCAUGGAUUUCUUCGCCGACUGGGACUUGGAAGAGGAGCAACCGGAGGUGGAGGAAGUGGUAACAUUCCUGGCAAUCGGCACUUUCCCGGUUUUGCUUUCGUACCUCGACGCCUAAGCACUCCGAGGCCGGGCGAUAUGCAUACCGCCUCUACCUGCCCUGCUGAACCGGCUCCGCCCCGCCUGCCCCCCUCCGUACCAUCGCAAAACGCCGCG